AUGCCAAUCAAAGAUAAAGACGAUCAUCUAUUAACAACAUCUACGAAACGACUAAAGCAAUGGCGAGAAUAUUUUUAUGAACUCUUCAACGUACCAAUGAAUGUAGAUCCAAUACUAAUUCAACAAAUCACAACACCAGAUAUUGAGCCAAAUGAAAAGGAACGACAAGAAAAAACUUCGACGUUACAAAAAGUUGCCGAAGCUAUUAAACAAAUGAAAAACCAUAGAGCAGCAGGUAAAGAAAAUCUAGCAGCAGAAAUUCUCAAAGCAGGAGGAAUAACAAUGGCGAAAUGGUUACAUGAAAUAAUUUGUGAUAUAUAG